CCGCUGACUAAUCGAGCGCAGAGCCGACCCCACCCUCACUGGAUGUGAGUGCUGUUUCUGCCCCGUGAGUGAGAGAAAAUGACGGAGAAGAUCUCCAAGAGUGUGAAGAUUGCUCCUGGAGCCGUGGUGUGUGUGGAGAGUGAGAUCAGGGGGGAUGUGACCAUAGGCCCUCGGACAGUGAUCCACCCCAAAGCCCGGAUCAUUGCAGAAGCUGGGCCGAUAGUGAUUGGGGAGGGUAACCUCAUCGAGGAGCAGGCCCUGAUCCUCAAUGGUUAUCCUGAAAACAUCAUCCCUGACACAGAGGGCGUGGAGCCCAAACCCAUGAUCAUUGGCACCAACAACGUGUUUGAAGUUGGCUGCUACUCCGAAGCCAUGAACAUGGGAGACAGCAACGUGAUCGAGUCCAAAGCCCACGUCGGGAGAAACGUGAUCCUGACGAGCGGCUGCAUCAUCGGGGCCUGCUGCAAUCUGAACACCUUCGAAGUGAUCCCCGAGAACACCGUCAUCUACGGGGCCGACUGCCUUCGCAGGGUCCAGACCGAGAGACCUCAGCCCCAGACCCUCCAGCUGGAUUUCCUGAUGAAAAUUCUGCCCAACUACCACCACUUGAAAAAGACCACGAAGGGGAUGGCAACCCCCGCCAAGAGCUGAGCAAGCAGUGGCCUGGGGAGGUGGUGAGGAAGGAAGGCCGCCUCGUGGGGCCUGCUCUUCAUGUCCACACUGUCCCUCCUUGGCGUUUCCUCACCACAUUGUCCUUGCACUUAUACGACUGUCUUAUAGCUAGGUGACUGGGCAUGCGUCCUUAGAGCUGGAGUCUGGCCCCUGAGAAGCCUAGGAUGGCUCUCCACACGUCCCCUCCUUCAUCCCAUCCUCCCCCGGCCUCAGGACAGAGGAGCCGCUGAUGGUUCCUGUGUCCUGGCCCUAGGCCGAGGCCUGUCUCGUGGCCUGCCUCUGCCCCAUCAGCCUGCUCCAGACAGCCUUCACCUCCGUUCCUCCGAGGGCCCUUCUGUGUCUGUGUCUGUGCUCUCACACCCAGUGGCCCAUGCUUUCCCCUUGUAAUGGGCAUUCAGUACAGAAAUAAAGUCAUGCCAACACUGGA